AUGUUUGGUGUUGAUCGGUUUGAUGACAUUCUGCCCCCUGGAACUGGAGCGAUUAUGGCUGUAGGAGCAUCACAACCUACAGUGGUUGCUACUAAAGACGGUCGCAUUGGCAUGAAAAGCCAGAUGCAGAGGAAAUGUUACAUGGACUUGGUCAGCUAUCGUGGGAACGAGUAUACAUUAGCUUUCACAAUAGCAAGCAACGAUACGCCGCUCAGAGUACCAUUCAGGCAAGUUUGA